GAGGCACAACGCUCUCUGAAACUGUUAGCAGUUCUGUUACUUAUUUUGGGGAUAUCAUGACAUUUCUAAGCUCUAGUGUUGCUAUUCUUCCAGUGUUUUUUAUCUUGAAAGAUAAGAACAUAAAUAACAUUAGCUAACUGCUGAAUGUGGGGUGCAAGUUGUGAUUCCACAUUCGGCAGCAAUAUGCUGCGCAGGCAGCCCUCUUUCAGCUGUUACAGCUAAGCAGGUUUUUACGAGGGACGGCCCCGAGGAUUUUUAAAGUUCCGGCGCACAGAGCCAGUGGAAUGAGCAAUUCCAAGAAAAGGAACUGUGUCGAUUCUUUGCUGAACCUUUCAACUGGAGGCAUGGAUGUGGUUCAGGUCCCAAGAGGGAACUCAAGUGGCAGAGGCCAUCUCCUGCGACCCUCCAGAAUGAACAAGGAACCCAGUGUGGAAGAACAGCAAGAGCUGAGGAGAAAGAUUAACAACCGAGAGCGAAAGAGAAUGCAAGACUUGAAUGUCGCGAUGGAUGCGCUGCGAGAGGUUAUGGUUCCUUAUUCAGCCGUUCACCAGCAUGGCUACCCUGGGAGAAAACUCUCCAAGAUAUCUACCCUCAUUCUGGCCAGGAACUACAUUGUACUGCUGAGCUCCUCUCUGCAGGAAAUGCGAAGAAUGAUCGGGGAGAUCAAUGGGCCUUGUCCAAGACUGCUUGUAGCAGGAGGCUGGCCGUUCUUCACAGCCCCGGGCUCAGUGCUGCUGACCCCUGACACCAUUGUUGCUAGUAAGUGCCCCAUAAUAGCAGCAGAAGAGAGCCAGUACCCUCCGCUGCAGUGGUCAAGUGCCGGACCAAUCUGUCCCUGUGGCAUCUGCAGACUGCCUCGCUUUAUUCAGGCGUCAACCAGCAGCAGGUUUCUUAAAUGAACAUUUCGAGUUGCCUUACUGACUGCUUCUUGUGCAAACAAUGUGAUCAUUUCUGAGCCGCCAGUGUCUUUGUCACGUUUGUUAUGCUUCAUGUCUGUAAUCGGUUUAGAUUUACAUC